GAAGAACUACCAAUUGAGCGCUAAGAUCAGAUAAACAGAUCUCAGUGUACAAUGAAGUCGAUAAAUGUCAUACCAAGCGGCUGACUCGAUGGAUUCUGUCACCCACACAGUAUUUUCAUGUUAGACUCUAGAAAGUAAAUAAGCUUCAUGGGCCAUGUUAAUGUGUAUUUUGACCCUCAGGGGGCGGCUGAGAUUCUCUUCACAUGGUACUUCAUUUAUCAUUUCAUCUUCUCCACCACACGUAUCUCUUUUUGCAACAUUUGUCUAUCAACAGUCUUUACAUCUCAAUCUCACCAUGAAGUCAUUCUCUACCUCUUUUCUUUCCGGUGCAGCCAUCUUCACAGCGGUAUCAGCCUUAGCUACCCCACAAUCGUCCAUUGAAAAACGAGUUGACGGUCUUCCUUCCGGUGGAGUAGUUUCAAACGGUGUGGCCUUUGGAUUCCUUCCAUCAGAUGGGUCCCAAGUGACAUCUCCAGCCUAUACCAUGGCACAAAUCAACAGCAAGCUCGGCGGAAAAGCCAGUACUUAUGGGUUUUAUGCGCAAAUAUCAUCUAGUAAAUUUACAGGAUCUCAACUCCUUCAACGCCUAGAUGAUGUUGUUGCUUCUGGUGCUGUGUUCCAGCCAGCGGUUAUGCCGACUAUUCCGUUUAGUCAGGUAACUAGUAGUGUGGCUAGUCAGGUUGCAAGUGUGUUGGAACAAUUCACUGCGAAGGGUGUAGAGGUCUGGUUGAGAUUUGGUCAUGAGAUGAAUUACUACGUUACGGAUGGUACAUAUCAUGGAACGGCAGCCGAGUUCAUUACCGCUUGGAAAAACAUACAUGCAGCUGUCUCCACCAAUCCCAAGAUCAAAAUGUACUGGUCUCCUAACGUGGACACUUCAUCUGCUCCAGUAGCACCAUACUGGCCGGGGGCAUCUUACGUUGACGUCGUAGGCGUCGAUUGUUACCCCACUUCAUCACCACUCCCUUCCUCCGCUUUCGCAAGCUGCUACAGCAAUUUCUACAAAACCUACUCCGCUGCUUAUGACAUCCCAUUCGCCAUCGGUGAAACAGGCUACGCUGGAUCUUCUGGAAACGCUGCGUGGGUUAGCCAAUUGGUAAAUCAAGAUAUGUGCGAAUAUCCAAACUACAUUGCGGCAUCAUGGUUUGAGUAUGACAAAGAAGCGAACUUUUUAAUUGUGGAGGGAAGCUCGUCAAUUUUGUCUUCUGCCCAACAGUUGCUCUUACACAACACCAAGACGGGUUGCGGUUCUGCUGCCUCCACUACCAUCGGGAGCACACCAACAACAUUUGCGACUAAAACAACCAGCGCAACUACUACCAAAGCUCCCAGUCAAACCGGAGUUUGUACUUGGGGUUGUAAUGGAUGGGAUUGUAGCGCAAGCAGUCCUUGCAACGCUGACUAUACUUGCAUGAGCGGUUAUUGCCAUUAAAUAAUGAUCUUCAAACAAUCAUACACA